AACCUCUAAGACCCCCUUCUGGGCGCGUGCAGAAGAGGAAGAAGAAGCCGUGUCCAACAGAAAGGGAAUUGCCAAUGGCUAGUCCAGCGGAUAUGGACGAUACAGAGGGAACAAAUGAAAAAGGGGAAGAUGAUGAUGAGGACGAUGAAGAUGGCGGUGAAAAAAGGAAAACAGAGUGGACUGCUGAAUCCUUACAGCGCCUCCUAGCGGAUGCUAUCACGUACAAGUCUUCUCUGAAGGACAUGAACGUUAUACUACGUUGUGGCGCGGACGUGAAUGGCAAAGUAAAGAAGGGACUCCGUCCCUUGCACUAUGCAGCUUUUGUGAACUAUGUAGAAUGUGUGGAACUUUUGAUAGAAAAGGGCGCAGUUGUCAACGUUACUGAUGACAUAGGGUACACACCUCUGCACCUCUGUGCCCGAAGAGGGUUUGUAGAUACGCUCAGAGUCCUCAUUGAUCACGGGGCCGUCCUCAACUUCUGUGACUCUGAUGAAGAAAGUGUGGUGGAGGACUCUUCCAAGAAUCUUGGUUACUUUACGCUCGAGCCACUCAACAUGGCUAUAGAAAGUGGUCACGUGGAAUGUGUGCGCCUGAUGCUCGAAAAAGGUGCGAAACCGAACAAAAAGUAUUUCAUGGGUUAUGAAGUGAACUUAGUUUCCUUAGACAACUUGGAAUGCCUCGAGCUUUUACUGAAAUACGGGGGUGAUCCGAAUGCUUUCAGUCGUAUUGGUUUAACUCCUCUCAUGAAAGCAUGUACGGAGGGUAAAUACGAAGCUACAGAAUUGCUCAUCAAGUAUGGGGCGGAUGUACACAUAGCUAGUCCGGCGCGAUUCGAUCACAAAACGCCGAUCUAUUAUGCCAUUCAAGGAGGGAACACAGCAAUAAUACAAUCUCUCCUAGAACACGGUGCUAGUCUUUUAAAAAUAGAAGAUUUCAAAUACGCCCCAUUACACAUGGCGGUAAUAUCUGACCGGAAGGAAGUGUGCGAACUGUUGUUGGAAUGGCGGGCGGAAAUUGACGUCAGAUCAGACGACAGGGGCACGCCUUUAAUGCUGUCUUGUGCAACCCCCGGUUUAAAGGAACGAAAGUCCAUCAUUGAGAUACUGCUAAAACAUGGAGCAAACGUCAAUGCCCACUCUCCGUAUGUUAGUUACACGGACCCUUGUUUAUCUCCCCUUUCAGAAUACAUAAAGAACAACAGAUAUGAUAUAAAUUUUGACGUCAUUCAUUUGUUGAUUCGAUAUGGCGCGAAAGUAACGUUUCAGGCUGAUAUGACAGUGUUCAGACUCAAAGACCCGUUCGGGAUUCUUAAUUACAUCAUGAACGUUGAGGCCGAGAAAGACAUUUUUAUGUUUUUGAUUGAAGCCGCAUCUGCGUAUGAUCUGUCUGACAUAAGAAGCGCAGAUCUUCUACUGGCCUCUGACAAAAGACUGCUGAAGAAAUUGGCCGCGAAACCUAGGGACUUAAAACAUUUGGUUCGUUUGGUCAUAAGAGAUCACUUUCCAGAUCAUUUACCGGAAAAGGUUCAGGAGUUACCCAUACCAAACCUUAUUAAAUCUUACUUGCUAUUUGACGUCUAGGUUACCGAGUCUUUACGUUCAUCCGCUUACAGUCAAUGGGAUCGUCUGCCAAAGAAUAAGUCUAAUCUGAUUGUUGACAUCUUUGGAAGGUAAACAACGCGGUUACCGAGGUCUUUUGCGCAUUUCCGCUUCUUCCGGUUGACUGUACGAGAUCAGGGACUGACUUGUUCUCAAACUACACUUAAUAUCUCUUAGAGCACAAUUCUGCUUAUUUUUCCUACUAAAAUAAAAAUG